AUGGCAGCCCCCAUUAUGCUGAAACCGGGUUGUGAAGAAAGGUCUGAAGGAGAGUAUUAUGGUAUCAAGACCUUUGUGGGGAUCUCCAAUCCUGGUAGCCUAUGCCCCCCAAUUAUCCCACCAGAGAUCGAAUACGAAGAUGAGGCCGAGAUUACUAUGAUUGAUCAAAGUUUAGAUAUAGAAGAUGCCAAUGACUUAGAUUUUGUUCCUGACACUGAAAGUGAGUCGGACAGUGAAUAUGAUCAAGACCCAUCAGAUGAGCAACCACUUGCCACUGAUUUUGAGGACAUUGAAUCUUUCAGUGUACCAGAAAAUGCUGCAGAUGAAAGACAAAUUCCUUGUGUUUGA